CGUCCAUCUCAUGCGCGUCAUGGGAGCUCCCGGAGUGAUCCUCCUCGUCCCAGUUCGUCGCGUGAGCCCCCAAGACAGAGCCCUCGUCUCGAGAGAGAAGGAUUGCGCAUUCCAGGCGAUCGCGCACCUUGGAGGCCUCCUCGCGCAGUGGAUGGCGCUGGAAUUCUCCACCCAGAUGAUGGAUCGAAGCCUCCCAGAGAGUUUCAUCACCAGGGACGCGAGAAAACCCGGCGAAUGGAGAGAUCUCUAUACUUGAGAGUGUUGACCUGGUCAACUAUUCCGGAAAUAGUCAACGUGUAUGAAAGAGAAUCGAACGCUCGUUGGUUUUAUUUCUUUUGCUUGGUCGUCCUAAUAGAAACGCGGCCGUGGUUUCGAAGGUGGAUGGAUCGCGGAAUUCGGUCGGCGCCACGGAUCGGGAGCGCGAUCUGGAGCUGUGAGUGUUAGUAGGGCUUGGCGGUUGGAUCGGGGAGCAUGGCCAAAGGCGACCGGAUUCGAGGGCGCUGGAGCGGUAGCGCCAGCGGUAGGGCUUUGUGCACAGCAGUGCUGGCGACGCUGGCGCUCAUGUCCGUGGCGCUCUUCCUCCUCGUGGGUGUGGGAAUUGUGGGCGUUCCGGCGGGAUUGAAUCACUCAGACGCUUCCAUCUCGCUGCGGCUACCCGAUCGUUUACUGGAACAAAUAGAAGAGGUUGGCGAAGGGAAGCAUGAGCCUUGGUCGGAGAUUAUCUCGUGGACGCCUCGAGCUUCCCUUGUUCACAACUUUCUAACCGACGAUGAAUGCGACCAUCUGAUCCGAGUCGCGAUGCCCCUCAUGCAAAAGUCCACUGUUGUGGAUAGCCAAACCGGUGGAAGCCGCGAUAGCAGGGUGCGGACGAGCUCGGGGAUGUUCUUGAACCGAGGACAGGACAGAGUUAUAUCUGAGAUCGAGGACAAGAUUGCAAAGCUAACUUUCAUUCCAAAGGAUCAUGGAGAGGGAAUUCAGGUUCUUCACUACGAACCCGGCCAGAAGUACGACGCUCACCACGACUUCUUCUAUGACACCGUCAACACCAGAAACGGUGGCCAGAGAAUAGCGACGCUCCUCAUGUACUUGACGGAUGUGGAGGAAGGUGGCGAGACUGUGUUCCCCAAAUCGGCCAAGAACUCGAGCUCGCUUCCAUGGCAUAAUCAGCUCUCGGAGUGUGGGAGGCGUGGGGUUUCAGUGCGGCCAAAGAGAGGAGACGCGCUGCUGUUUUGGAGCAUGUCACCCGACGCGCAGCUCGAUCACUCGAGCUUACACGGAGGGUGUCCGGUGAUCAAAGGUGACAAGUGGUCCGCCACCAAGUGGAUGCGAGUCUCGGAAUACAAGCUUUGAUAGAUCGGGUUUUCGAAUCACACAUUUAACGCUUGUUUGCGUUGUUUUGUAAGUCUAGAAUCUAUGCAAUCCAACAGACAUUUCAAUA